AUGAGUGGGAAGAACAGGCGUGGAUGGGGUAGUAACGGAAGCAGGGAGAUGAGGAAGUCAUCAUCAUCUUCCUUCUUCUCCUUGGUAAAGAUAUUGUUCAACAAGCCCAGCAGCAGGGGAAGGAAGUCAGGCGACGGGGAGCAGCUGCAGGAUACUUGGGACGAGACGGUGGAUCUGCGAAGGGUACGACCCAGCGACGAAGACAAGCCCAGAUGGGUUGCUGAUCCUCGCAUUGACAAGAAGGCCACCGACUUCAUCGCUAAGUUCUAUGAAACCCGUGUCUCCGACUCCGACCAUCAAACUUUUGCGGUAGAAAAUACACAAACCUAA